CCCUAACGGGGUUGUCAAGAACAUGCCCAACCAAAAAUGGAAAAUGUAGUUAGAGAAGACGACGAUGAACAUCUGGAGAGAAUAUUUGAAUCAGUCAAAUCAAGUGCUAUAUAAAUGUUCCUGUAUAAGUCUUGUUUUGAAUAUAAUUCACUAGUAUUUUAACUAAUAGAAGAAAUCACGCAUCCUGUAAGAUCUCUUCCUCUUUUAGUGUGACCAUUGUCAGAGCUAAACGGAUGAGAAAUCCUAGAAUGAUGAGAAUAAUCAAGAAUAUUAUGGAUUGGGAGAAAAAGAUCAUGGACAGUAAAGACGAAAAACUUAUUGAAAUUAUUAAAAACUACGCUCGGCAAAACAAAAUCGUCAGUCAAAGUUUAAUUGUAACUAUUAUUAUAGUAACCAGUUUAUUUGUCGUUCAUCCAUUGGGUUUGGAUCCAAUAGAAAAAAUCAACCCUAUAACUAAUAUAACAAAGAUAAUAAAGCCUCUUCCUCUAUCAUCGUGGUUCCCUUUUGAUGAACAAACGUACUACCGUCCCGCUUAUCUAUGGCACAUUUUGGAUUGUUACGUAGGAGCAUCGUUUGUAAAUAACACGGAUAUAUUCUCAUUUGGAAUUAUUACGUUUCCUUUGGGGCAAAUUGUUAUAUUGAAUCAUAUUUUGUCUAAUUUCGAAAAAUACGUAAAUAAAGUCCAGAAUCAGUUGGGCGUUGAAAGGGACGAAGCUAGCUUCGUAACGCUAAGGGAAAUUAUUUUAAAACACAAGGAUAUCAUUGAAUACAUAAAAGUAUUCAACGAAGAAAUGAAUAUGAUUGUAUUAAUGGAUUUUCUUCAGAGUUCAUUGCAGCUAGCAGCUAUAAUGCUAGAACUUAUGUUUUUUGAACUCAACCUCUUCAACACUGUUUAUUCGGUCAUGUUCGUAAUCUCCAUGUUAACACGAUUAUUUGGUUAUUAUUGGUACGCCAAUGAGAUUCUAGUAGAGAGUGCAAACAUACCAAUGGCAAUAUGGAGUGGUAAAUGGUAUGAGGAGCCACUAAAAACUCAAUCUAUGAUGUUAUUAAUGAUGCUGAGAUGUUCCAGACCAUUGACUAUGGAUAUAGGACCCUUCAAUACCAUGUCUAUAAAUACUCUUAUAGGGAUUCUUAAAGCCACAUACUCCUACAGUAUGCUGAUCUACAAAGGAAAGAAUAAGUAAAAAAUAUAUUUGCUGAUAAAAUGUAGACUUUCUGAUAAAAAUGUUUAUAAAUAUACAUUAUUGAA